UGUCAAUGCGCCUCGCAAGCAAAUAUUGUCCUACAGCAACGAAUAUAACUUUCAAUGGCACAGGUUCGUUCAGGGAACAGAGUUCUUGUCUUCCAGGGUUUCUCGCGCGAUACUCCAUGUUUGCGUGUCGGCUUGACAAUAUCAGACACCAUUGGGAAUAGGCGGUGAGCGCCAAAAACCACUCUUGAAAUGGGCAUUAAGGGCUUAUUGCCCUUGCUCAAAUCGAUCCAGAAGCCAUGUACUCUAAAGAAGUUCAGCGGGCAGACAAUUGGAGUCGACGCAUACGGAUGGCUACACCGCGGUGUUGUGGGCUGCGCCUUUGCCCUUGCCCUCGGCAAACCCACCACUAUCCAUAUCGAUUUUGUAUUAAGCAGAGUUCGAAUGCUUCUUGACUUCGGCGUGACGCCUUACCUCAUAUUUGACGGAGACAACUUACCCAGCAAGGCCGGUACGAAUGCUGCUCGGCGGAAAAGAAGACAGGAAAGCAAAACAUUGGGUCUGGAGUUGCAUAGAGCUGGGAAGAUGAGUCAAGCACAACAAGAGCUCCAGAAGUCUGUCGAUGUUACUCCGCUAAUGGCCCGGCAUUUGAUCGAAGAACUGAAGAAGCUCAACGUUCAGUAUAUCGUAGCUCCAUACGAAGCUGACGCCCAGCUAGUCUAUUUGGAGCAGAAGGGCAUCAUUGACGGCAUUCUUUCUGAAGACUCAGAUCUCCUAGUAUUUGGUGCUAAGCGCCUACUGACGAAACUCAACCAAUAUGGCGAAUUGGUAGAGAUUGAGAGGGCAGAUUUCCCUCUAUGCAAAGACAUCAGUCUUGCAGGCUGGACAGACACAAUGUUCAUGCGACUGGCUAUCCUCAGUGGCUGCGACUACUUGCCAAACAUCGAGAAGCUGGGUCUGAAGACAGCAUACAGCUACGUUCGGAAGUACAAGGACGUUGAGAAGAUCUUGCGCAUGAUCCAGUUCGAGGGGAAAUUAGUCGUUCCCAACGGCUAUCUGGAUAGUUUCCAGCAAGCCGAGUUGACCUUUCUCCACCACCGGGUAUUUUGCCCCAUUACACAAAAGAUGGUCUUCCUGAAAGAGCUUAGUCCAGGUAUGUCAGAGCGCGAUAUGCCUUACCUAGGGCCCUAUGUCGACCCAGACACGGCAAUAGGCGUGGCAUGCGGAGACCUGGACCCUUUCUCGAAGAAGCCUCUUCAACUCGACUAUACCAAAUCGCUUGGCCGACCGGCACUUGGCGAGAACAGACGACAGAGUUACGCAGGUCCUGCAGAGUUGAAGCCCAAGAAGUCCAUCGAAACGUUCUUCAAGCCUCAUCGACAGCCGCUUGCUGAGUUGGACCCAAACAGUCUUACACCUUCGCCAACACAGCAGAGACUUCUCGAGCGUCAUCAAAAUGCCUCCUGGGAACCAAGGCUAAUCAACUCGGCUCCUGCGCUCAGGCGCAGUGUGACUGCUUCGGUCAGCACCGCAGCGGCUACAGACCGUUCAGCCUUUUUAGCAAGAGCUUCGAUGAUGUCGACCUAUCAACCUCCGAAACGGCAGCGCUUGUGCUCUGACUCUAUGGAUCCUUCGCCCAGUCGAGAAGUCAGGGAAAGUCCAUUCUUUGCUUCUACAGGUGAAGAGAUCGAGGCUAGCCCGUUAGCUGAGAAGAGGGGCAAAGUCAAGAAGAGCAGUCGAUCCAGAUUUGAGGUUUUCUCUGAGUCAUCUGUCGGAGAGGUGUUGUUCGAUUGCGAUAUACAGCAAAAAGUCAGCCCAAAUAAGGAGAUAUCUCUCCAACAGCCUGCAAAACAGUCUUCCGAAUGGCACAAAGAGCCUGAUGACGCUCCUGAGUCCAUACCUCAGUCUUCUCCCGUAGCUGCAUCACCUUCCCCUUUCUACCCAUCCCUUUCACACAACUCUCCGUCGAAGAGCAACUCGAAAAGCCGAACUUCACCUGAUCCUGAAGCAGGACGCGAAAUAAGCCAAGAUGCCGAUCCUGACGCAUUCGAGGACUUAUUGGAGUAUCACGUCAGAAAGCAGAAUGAAAAGCUGCUGGAAAGAUUUGCGUUUCAAUCCUCGGAAAAGAGUACCUCAGUUUCUCGUUGGCCCUCAAGCCCACAACAGCGCAGAUCUAGGAUGUCAGCGCAGCCACAAGAAGUGCACGCGCGUCUAGUGAAUACUUUUGGCAAGACAGGGCCAUCAUCACGAUGUCGGCGAACUCCGGAUCUGUUGCAGACAUUCCAGUACCAAUCAUCCGAGAGGCGACAAUCAGCACUCGAGUCACUUGGAGCGUCCACUGUCAACAGAGACAUGUUGUCCAAAGCAGCGAGCAAUACAGCUGGGUUGCGGGGGAGCGAGGAUGCAAUGGUGCCGAACAGCGAAGACGAUAGUUCUGAAAUUGGGUCACCAGGACGAAAGCCGAAACUCGACCUUGGUGCUUAUGCUUUCGUGCCUAGAUGAUGCAUUGGAGAUGUGUCUCAGCGGCAUUUUGUUCGGCGUUUGUUUAAUGUGGUAGAUGUAUGCCAACCUGAACGGCAACGUGUGUUGUCUGGAUUGGUCGAUAUGAAACUGGGAUUGGGAAUGAGCGUGAAGCGUAAGCAUCAAUGACUAUUGGUUAUGGAGAAUUCGUGCAGCGUUACGGUUCGAAGCAAGUACUCGGUACACACCACUGGAGAACUUCCAGAUAAUACGAUUGAAGAAAAG